UUUCUUUUCACGUGUAACAUACCUGAAUGAGCACAAGAUUUAAAAAAUCAAAUUUGCACGCAACAGGCCAGCCAACACGAGGUGCGGGCAUGGAAGAACAAUCCUAUCUAGACAAUCUGAGGCUUUCUUCCUUAUCAAAUUCUACAAUGAAAACUCGAGGAUGGAGAGAAGAAAGGAAGUGUUUUUGUUUUGGGGUGUGGUGAUGAUUUUUUGUUGGUUGGCAACUCCCUGUAUGUCAAAGUUUAAUGUGGAGAAGAACAGCUUGAGAGUAAUAUCACCAGAGGAUUUGAAGAGAAAUUAUGACAGCGCCAUAGGUAAUUUUGGAGUGCCACAGUACGGGGGAGCAAUGCUCGGAACAGUCAUUUAUCCCCAAAAGAAUCGGAACGGCUGUGAAUCUCCUGAUGCCUUCGGCACUUCUUAUGAAUCGCGCCCUGGAGCACUUCCCUCCUUUUUGCUCCUUGAUCGUGGAGAUUGUUACUUUGCUUUGAAGGUCUGGAAUGCCCAAAAUGCAGGAGCAGCAGCUGUGUUAGUUACAGACGACAAGGUUGAGCCUCUUAUAACCAUGGAUUCACCUGCCGAGGAUAGCACAGCAGCAGAAUAUUUGGAAAAGAUUACAAUUCCAUCUGCUCUAAUUGAAAAAAGCUUGGGCGAUAGCUUGAAGAAAGCUCUGAGUAAUAGGGAGAUGGUCACUAUUAAUCUCGACUGGAGGGAGUCCCUUCCACACCCUGAUGACCGCGUUGAGUAUGAGUUUUGGACAAACAGCAAUGAUGAAUGUGGGCCAAAAUGUGAAGGUCAAAUUGAUUUUGUAAAGAAUUUUAAAGGAGUGGCUCAGACGCUUGAGAAAGGGGGUUAUACAUUGUUUACUCCUCACUACAUAACAUGGUACUGCCCAGAAGCCUUUGUUUUGAGCAAGCAGUGUAAAUCCCAAUGCAUUAAUCAUGGAAGGUACUGUGCUCCUGAUCCAGAACAUGAUUUUAGCCAAGGUUAUGAUGGCAAAGAUGUGGUAAUUGAAAAUCUGAGACAAUUGUGUGUCUUCGAAGUUGCAACGGAAAAUAGAAAGCCGUGGGUCUGGUGGGAUUAUGUGACCGACUUUCACAUUAGAUGUCCAAUGAAAGAGAAUAAAUAUAACAAGGAAUGUGCAGAGAAAGUGAUUAAUUCUUUAGGUCUGGAUAGCAAGAAAAUUGAUGAGUGCAUGGGAGAUUCAGAAGCAAAUGCAGAGAACGGUGUUUUGAAAUCAGAGCAAGAUGUUCAGGUCGGACAUGGUUCUCAAGGCGAUGUUACAAUAUUGCCCACUCUAGUUAUUAACAACAUACAGUAUAGAGGGAAAUUGGAUAAAAAUGCUGUCAUGAAAGCAAUUUGCGCAGGCUUUGAAGAAACAACCGAGCCAGCUGCUUGUUUGAGUGAAGGGAUACAGACAAAUGAGUGUGUGGAAAAUAAUGGUGGGUGCUGGCAAGAUACAAAGGCAAAUAUCACUGCUUGCAAGGAUACAUUUCGGGGUCGAGUAUGUGAGUGCCCUAUUGUUGAUGGCGUGAAAUUUCAGGGUGAUGGAUACAGUUAUUGUGAAGCUUCUGGAAUUGGACGGUGCAAGAUUGGUAAUGGUGGUUGCUGGCAGGAAACAAAGGAUAACAAGACAUAUUCUGCAUGUCUGCUAUCACAGUCUAAAGGAUGCCAAUGUCCUCCUGCAUUUAGAGGAGAUGGUGUCAACAAAUGUGAAGACAUUGAUGAAUGCAAAGAAAAGUUAGUAUGCCAAUGCCCAGACUGCAGCUGCAAGGAUACAUGGGGUAGCUAUGAGUGCAAUUGUGAAGUUGGUCAUCUGUACAUAAGAGAGCAUGACACAUGCAUAAGUUUGCUGUCAGCACCAUCAAAAUUUGGAUGGACUGCGGUAUUGGUUAUUUUAUUAGCUUUGGCUGCCGCUUCUGUUGGAGCAUAUGCUGUCUACAAAUACAGAUUGCGUUCAUACAUGGAUUCAGAAAUCAGAGCAAUCAUGGCACAGUAUAUGCCAUUGGAUGGCCAAGGAGAUUUCCCAAAUCAGCUCCGGGACGAUGCAUUAUGAAAUGGAGGGUCAAAGUUGUUGCAUGCUUUGUCAAAAAUAGUUUUCAUUGUCUGUUAACUUUUCCCUUGAAAAGAAAUCCUUAGAUUCAAUAACUGCAUAACGUGAUAGUAUUUCUAAAAAGUGGUCAGUUCAGACUUUUCCAACUUGAUGGCUAACAGAUGAAACUUUGACUUAAUCAUUGUCUAAAGCUGUCUGAGCCUUCUGUACAUGUCUGCUAUGCUUCUAGAUAACUGUUGUGAUAGGCAAUUCAUUUCAGAAUUGUGCAGGAGUUAUUAGGUACAACUUAUGUAAAAUAACUCCAUAUUUGUGGUAUACAUAUUACAUUCAAAGGAGGUGGUUAGAAAGGUGCAGUAAGUUAGGUUUACGUUCUCUACUAUGUUCCACAGGGAAGGCAGGAACAGGUCUCAGUGACAGGGACUAAGGGUCUAGAUUUGGAGAUGGUGGUGCAAAUAUAUAUGGUACUUAAAAAAAUGGUUAUAAAAAAUAUACAAUGAAUAACAAAUGAAACAUUGAAAUACUUAAAACA